GAUAUCCUGCAAGCAUUGAUUAGACUACCUGAUUGCUACUCUCUUAAUAUAGACUAUAUCUUAGGACAGGGCAAUUCGAAAGGCAUACCGAACUUUAUAAGCCCAAGAGAGGAUAAACAGAAAAUCGCAUGCAUUAUAAGCGCACUUAACUUAGUAAUAGACUAUUAUAAAGAUACUAUCUGCUAUACUAGUUAA